UCCCGCCCCGACGGAGAUGCUCUAGCCGACAGAUCCCGCCGGUCAACGUCCGUCGCAGUACGAUGGAGCUUACGCCGUCGCUGAAGUCCGCGCCAAGUGCUUGCCAGUGUCACGCUCGCGUCACCGUGUCAUAAAAUGGGUACAACCAUAUCGCAAUUGGAAAAAGAUAUUGGCUCCGAUCAGUUUCCGCCUAACGAACACUACUUUGGUUUAGUUAACUUCGGUAACACCUGUUACAGCAACUCAGUGCUGCAGGCACUAUAUUUUUGUCGACCGUUCAGAGAGAAGGUCCUGGAGUACAAAGCCAGAAAUAAGCGAACCAAGGAGACCCUGCUAACAUGCCUCGCAGACCUAUUUUACAGUAUUGCAACCCAAAAGAAAAAAGUAGGUUCCAUAGCGCCGAAAAAGUUCAUCGCCCGAUUGAGGAAAGAGAAAGAGGAAUUUGAUAAUUACAUGCAACAGGACGCGCACGAGUUCUUAAACUUCCUUAUAAAUCACAUAAAUGAAAUCAUUCUGGCGGAGAGGACUCAGAGCAAGCCGACUGGAGGGAAGUGUGGGGCAGGGGAUGCUGCGGGUUCGCCACCGGAGCCCACGUGGGUUCACGAGAUAUUCCAGGGGAUACUGACGUCGGAAACACGCUGCCUUAACUGUGAGACUGUCUCUAGCAAAGACGAGGACUUCUUCGAUCUGCAAGUUGACGUAGAUCAGAAUACUUCAAUCACACACUGCCUCAGAUGCUUCUCCAAUACCGAGACCCUGUGUAGCGACAACAAAUUCAAGUGCGAUCACUGCAGCAGUUACCAGGAGGCUCAGAAACGAAUGAGGGUGAAGAAACUACCUAUGAUACUAGCGUUGCACCUAAAGAGAUUCAAAUAUAUGGAACAGUACAAUCGCCACAUAAAAGUAUCUCACAGAGUAGUUUUCCCAUUGGAGCUCAGACUUUUCAACACUAGUGAUGAUGCUGUAAACCCAGAUCGGUUGUAUGAUCUGGUGGCAGUUGUGAUACAUUGCGGAAGUGGGCCUAACCGAGGGCAUUACAUUUCUAUAGUUAAAAGUCAUGGAUUCUGGUUGCUCUUUGACGACGAUAUGGUCGAUAAAAUUGAUGCGUCAACUAUAGAAGAUUUUUAUGGACUCACGUCGGAUAUUCAGAAGAGCUCUGAAACUGGUUAUAUCCUGUUCUAUCAAUCGCGAGAUUGUAGUUAAAGUUUAAUAUGAAUAGCAAUUGAAGUUAAGCACUCCUAUACGCUAAUUUCGUAUUUUAACAGAGCGCGCAGUGCAUGUGAAUUUUUGAAUGUUCUAAUGGGGUUUGUCAGAUUAUUUAUAUACACGAGAAUGAUAUGACGUUCGGUAACGUUUUGGCUCGGUAGGAUAUACAUAGAGAGAGCAGCGCGAAAUGUAGUUCCGUAAAUCAUCGAAAUUAUUAGAACUUUUGGUUUGUACAUAUAAACCAGCGGCCGUCUGAGGGAGAAUUGAAAACGGUUUGCGCGACGUAACGCUUUAUAUUUAUUUAUGUUCAAAAGCUAGUCCGCCUUUCGAGAAGAGAACGAGUAAUUUACGUUAUUACAGUAACUUACGUGUCCAUUGAUAUAAAGAGAAACGUUGGAAGCACUAUCAGAUUCUAUACAAAUGUAAAGAUGACUGAGAAUAAAACUAUUGUUAUGAGA